GUUUGGGGGUUGCUAUUAAAGCUCUUUGGUUGACCACGUGGAUGCUCUGCCUCAGCCUGUGACGAAAGGAAAGAGAAACAGAUCAGUCAGUCUAAGAAGAGUCGGCUUCCUCAUCCCAUGAGCUGGUUCCUGGCCUCCUGUCUGGAAGCAGAUAAAGGUAUCGAACCAACUGGCCCUUUGAUUGUCAUUUCUGCUGACCUGGAAACACUUUACAGGGAGAUUAGCUUCCAUAAGUCAUUUAUUUCCUUCUUCUUGCUAUUUGUAAACUUCCUCAGGUUGGGGAUUAUUCUGCUUUGCAGAAAUUAUCUGCUUGGAGCCAUGCAUAAUUUAUAACAAUCUCUGGCAAAACCUCAGAAAAAAGAUAUGCUCUUGUCUCAGGCGGAUGUCAGAGGCUGUGGCAAAACCCAGUGAAAACACUCCCAGGCGCCAGUGGCUCCAGCAGAGGGACAGCCUCUGGAAGCCGUCUUCUCCAAGGACUAUGACCCAGUUAGGAAAGAGAAAAGAGCUCCAAGCAGAGCACAGGCAACAGUGAAAUCAGAGAGGGGCUCUUUAAAGAACGCAGCUGGACUCUGCGUGAACACUAUCCUGCUGGACUGUGAAAAGCUUUCAACUUGGGUCCAAGCAAAGGGACAGGAAAUGGCCCAUGAAGUGAAUCUGGAUUCCCUCAAGGAGUUAGAGCGGGAAGUCAUCCUGCAGGUCCUCUACCGAGAUCGGACUGUGCGAAGCAUAGAGGAGGAAAGGAUACGGAGACUGAAGACGCACCUGCAGCAUCUCCGGUGGCGAGGGGCGAAAGGCCCCAGCCGCGAGUACAAGGACAAGUGCUGUGCGCGCUGCCAGCGGGCGCUGGGGCUGCUGCUGAACCGGGGCGCCGUGUGCCAGGGCUGCAGCCACCGCGUGUGCUCCGAGUGCCGCGUGUUCCUGCGCAGGACCCGCGCCUGGAGGUGCACCAUGUGCUUCGAGGACAGAAAUGUGAAAACAAAAACUGGAGAAUGGUUCUUUGAGGAACGAGCCAAGAAAUUUCCAACUGAAGGCAAACGGGAGACAGCUGGGGCAAAGCUCCUGCAAUCUUAUCAGAAGCUGAGCACAAUCUCCGUGGUUCCUCCUACUCCGCCUCCGCUCAGUGAGAGCCAGUGCAGCGGCAGCCAUGGCAGGUUACAGGAACUUGGUCAGUUUAAAGGAUUUAAUAAGUCCAUGGAAAAUUUGUUUCUGUCUGUUGCCACCCACAUGAAAAAGCUUUCCAAGUCCCAGAAUGACAUGACCUCUGAGAAGCAUCUUCUAGCCACGAGCCCCAGGCAGUGUGCAGGCCAGAAGGAGAGACGGAGCCAGUCAGACACUGCUGUCAACGUCACCACCAGGAAGGUCAGCACACCAGAUAUUCUAAAAUUUCUCCAUCAAGAAGAUCCCAAACACUCAACUGGCCCUGUAUUGAAGCAAAAGAUUCUUCCAUCCAUUUCAACUCCCACCACCUUGUUCUCUGGAGGCAUGAGACAUGGAAGUAUAAUUAGCCUUAACAGCACUUGCACAGAGAUGGGUAAUUUUGACAACGCUAAUGUCACUGGAGAAGUAGAAUUUGCCAUUCGUUAUUGCUUCGAAACUCAUUGUUUAGAAAUAUGCAUCAAAACCUGUAAGAACCUUGCCUAUGGAGAAGAAAAGAAGAAAAAGUGCAAUCCGUAUGUAAAGACGUACCUGCUGCCUGACAGGUCCUCUCAGGGGAAGCGCAAGACUGGUGUCCAGAAGAACACACUGGACCCAACCUUUCAGGAGACCUUGAAGUACCAGGUGGAUCCUGCCCAGCUGGUGACCCGGCAGCUGCUGGUCUCCGUGUGGCACCUGGGCACACUUGCCCGAAGGGUGUUCCUUGGAGAAGUGAUUGUUCCUCUGGCCACGUGGGACUUUGAAGACAGUGCAACACAGUCUUUCCACUGGUAUCCACUCCAAGCCAAGGCUGAAAAAUAUGAAAGUAGUGUUCCUCAGAAUAAUGGCGAACUUGCUGUUCGGGCCAAACUAGUCCUUCCUACAGAGCCUAGAAAGCUCCAGGAGGCUCAAGAAGGAGAUCAGCUAUCACUUAAUGGCCAACUCUGUUUGGUAGUGCUCGGAGCCAAGAAUUUACCUGUGCGGUCAGAUGGUACCUUAAAUUCAUUUGUUAAAGGCUGCCUCACUCUGCCAGACCAACAAAAACUGCGUCUGAAGUCCCCGGUGCUGAAGAAACAAGCGUGUCCCCAGUGGAAACACUCCUUUGUGUUCAAUGGUGUGACCAGGUCUCAGCUGAGACAGGCAAGCUUGGAAUUAACCGUGUGGGACCAGGCCAUUUUUGGAAUGAAUGAUCGCUUGCUGGGGGGAGCCAGACUUGGUUCAAAGGGAGAUGCAGUUGGUGGCACAGAUUUAUGUUCACAAUCAAAGCUUCAAUGGCAGAAAGUUCUUUCUAGCCCCAACUUAUGGACAGAUAUGACACUUACCCUGCACUGAAGUGAAGCCUCAAAGCUCCAGGCUACAGUGAGUGUGCUGGAAAUGCUGCGCGCCUGAGAGUUAGCGGGGUGGGAUCACCACUGGACAAGACCCUCAGGAUUACACACUCCACCCGAGUUACGUGUCAAUGCCUAAAAUAUCCAUCAUAUCUGUAAUUCAACAGAGCAAUUAUCAGUAUGACAUAAAUCACUCUGAGAUUACUGUUUUUUGAAGGUUGUGGAAAAUGGCCAGAUUUCAAUAAAUGUUCAACAGUU